AUGGCCGGAGAUGGCGGCGCUCUGAAGGAUAUCAAUGAGAUUAAAUCCCAGUUCCGGACCAGAGAGGGCUUCUACAAACUGCUCACCCUCUCCGACUCGCAGCAGCGGGGCGGGCUGCCGCGGGGCCCGUCCGCCGGAGCCACGCUGGGGCCCGGGGCGGGCGCCGGACCGAUCCCCGGCGGAGGGGUCGGGCUGCUGCAGGGGCCCGGGGCCGCCGCCUCCUCCAACGCCGCGAGCGGCUCCUCUCCGGCGGGCUUCCUGCCGCCGGUCCGGGUCUCCAUGGUGAAGCUGCAGCCCGAAGACCCGAGCGAGGAGUCGGAGCGGGUGUGCUUCAACAUCGGCCGGGAGCUUUACUUCUACACGUACACCAACAUCAAGAAGGCCGUGGACCUCAGUAAACCCAUAGACAAGAGGAUCUAUAAGGGAACUCAGCCGACGUGUCACGACUUCAACCAGUACUCGGCCACGGCGGAGAGCGUGGCGCUCAUCGUGGGCUUCUCAGCCGGUCAGGUCCAGUACCUCGACCCCAUCAAGAAGGAAACCAGCAAGCUCUUCAACGAGGAGAGGUUGAUAGACAAAUCCAAGGUGACGUGUCUGAAAUGGCUUCCAAAGUCGGAGAACCUGUUCCUGGCCUCCCACGCCAGCGGCCAUCUUUACCUCUACAACGUGGACCACCCGUGCGGCACCGCGGCGCCGCAGUACUCCCUGCUGCGGCAGGGCGAGGGCUUCGCCGUCUACGCCUGCAAAAGCAAGACUCCACGCAACCCGCUGCUGCGGUGGGCUGUCGGGGAGGGAGGCCUCAACGAGUUCGCCUUCUCCCCGGACGGUGUGCACGUGGCGUGCGUGGGCCAAGAUGGCUGCCUCCGGGUGUUUCACUUUGACUCCAUGGAGCUGCAGGGGGUGAUGAAGAGCUACUUCGGCGGGCUGCUCUGCGUGUCCUGGAGCCCUGACGGCAAAUAUCUCGCAACGGGCGGCGAGGACGACCUCGUCACCGUCUGGUCGUUUUCCGAAAGCCGCGUGGUGGCGAGGGGUCACGGCCACAAGUCUUGGGUCAACGUGGUGGCGUUUGACCCCUUCACGACCUCCCUGGAAGACGAGGAGCCGAUGGAGCUCAGCGGCAGCGAGGAGGACCUCCACCAGGGGGCGCAGAAUAACUCCAUGCACUUUGGGCGGGUUCGAACGAGCAGCACGUUGUCGCGGCUGUCGCGGCACAGCUCGAAAGGCGGCGGCUCGCCUUCGGUCACGUACCGGUUCGGCUCGGUGGGGCAGGACACCCAGUUCUGUCUGUGGGACCUGACGGACGACGUAUUGUACCCCCGCCUGCCGCUGUCUCGGGCGUUCACUAACACCUUUGGGCCUUCGCUCCCCAACUCUGGCAGCGGGGGGGUCAACAGCAGCUCUGGUGGGGGAGGGAGCGGCGGGGUUGAGGGACACCAUCACCCACCGAGCACCAACACCGGCACCUCCAACCCCCCCACGCUCCCCUUACCGCUCCCACGCUCCCUCUCACGCUCCAACUCCCUGCCCCACCCCGCGGUGGCAAACGCCUCCAAAAGUCAGAGCGCCUCCGAGGGCGGCGGAGGGGGCGGAGGAGGCGGCGGGAGCAGCGGUGGGGGAAACAGUACGCCGUUCAGCAUCGGCCGCUUCGCCACGCUGUCCCUCCAGGAGCGCAAGUCGGACAAAUCGGGAGGAAGCGGGGGGGUGGAGAAGGAGCACAAGCGGUACCACAGCCUGGGCAACAUCAGCAAAAGCAACGACAAGAUCAACGUGGCGCCGAGGAGCAACCGGCUCGACGGCGCCAAGGUCCUGGGCACCACGCUGUGUCCGCGCAUGCACGAGGUGCCGCUGCUGGAGCCGCUGGUCUGCAAGAAGAUCGCCCACGAGAGGCUGACGGUGCUGGUGUUCAUGGACGACUGCAUCAUCACGGCCUGCCAGGAGGGGCUCAUCUGCACCUGGGCCCGGCCCGGGAAGGCGCACCCGUCUCAGAACCUGGCGGCACAGAACGGGAGCUCUCCGAGCGGCACGGUGGUAUAG